AUGCUUCUGGAGGGAAUUAUUAAAAUUUCAGAUUUUGGAUGGUCUACACAUGCUCCUAGUAAUAAAAGAACUACUGUAUGUGGAACAUUAGAUUAUUUACCUCCUGAAAUGGUUGAACAUUCUAUACAUGGAUAUCAUGCCGAUAUAUGGUGUUUGGGAAUUUUAACUUAUGAAUUUUGUGUAGGAUAUCCACCUUUCGAAGAUAAAAAUUAAAAGGUUACUUAUGAAAAAAUAAAGACUGUUAAUAUUAAUUAUCCAAGUUAUCUAUCUAAUGAAGCUAUAAAUUUUAUGUAGAAUUUAAUAAUAAAAAAUAUAGAUUAAAGAAUGAGCCUAGAUUAAGCUAUGAAACAUCCUUGGAUUGUAAAUAAUACUCAGUGA